CCCACUUCUCCCCAGAGACAUAAAAUGAAUGAACAGGUUGGACUGUGAAGCGGUGUUUCCAAAGUCCUGUAGCUUCUCUUUCCUGACACCUUCCCUGGAGAGAAAGGGGCAAGGCAGCCACAGUCAUGGUGCGCCCCAGCCUGAUGGCGAAGAAUACCGACAUGCGCUGGCGCUUACCUUUGGUUUGCCUCCUCUGGGAGGUGGCCAUGAUCAUCCUUUUUGGGAUUUUCGUGCGCUUCAACCCGGAGGCUAACGUGGCUGAUUGGGAGAAGGAAAAACAGCAAAGGAACGUCACCGAUAUUGAGAAUGAAUUCUACUUCAGAUACCCCUCUUUCCAAGAUGUCCAUGUGAUGAUUUUCGUGGGCUUUGGCUUCCUCAUGACCUUUCUUCAACGCUAUGGCUUUGGCGGUGUUGGCUUCAACUUUCUCCUCGCUGCCUUUGGGAUCCAGUGGGCUCUCCUGAUGCAGGGCUGGCUCCAUACCUUUCAGCAUGGGAAGAUACUCAUUGGAGUGGAAAGCCUGAUCAAUGCAGAUUUCUGUGUGGGUUCUGUUUGUAUUGCCUUCGGUGCCAUUUUGGGCAAAGUCAGUCCCGUCCAGCUGCUCAUUAUGACACUGUUUCAAGUGACCCUCUUCUCCGUCAAUGAAUAUAUCCUGCUUGACCUGCUCCAUGUGAAAGAUGCUGGUGGAUCCAUGACAAUUCAUACGUUUGGUGCUUACUUUGGCCUAACGGUGACCUCUAUUUUGUACCGGCCCAACUUGGAGCAGACCAAAGAAAAGCAGGAAUCUGUUUACCAUUCAGACCUUUUUGCCAUGAUUGGCACCUUGUUUUUGUGGAUGUACUGGCCCAGCUUUAACUCCGCCAUUUCCAAUCAUGGGGACGCACAGCACCGGGCAGCCAUCAACACCUACUGUUCACUUGCUGCGUGUGUCCUGACUUCAGUGGCCUUUUCCAGUCUUUUGCAAAAGAGGGGAAAGUUGAACAUGGUCCAUAUUCAAAAUGCCACCCUGGCCGGAGGUGUGGCUGUAGGAACUUCUGCUGAAAUGAUGCUGACCCCAUACGGUGCCCUCAUUGUGGGCUUCAUCUGUGGCAUCGUGACGACCAUUGGAUAUGUCUACAUCACACCUUUCCUGGAUGCUAAGCUCCAUAUCCAAGACACCUGCGGUAUCCACAACCUUCACGGAAUGCCAGGUUUAAUUGGAGGCAUUGUGGGGGCCGUCACUGCUGCUGCGGCUACAGAAGGAGUCUACGGAAAGAAAGGGCUCACCAACAUGUUUGACUUCACUGGAGAAUACCAGGAUCGAACGCCUAGCAUUCAAGGAGGAUUCCAAGCGGCUGGCAUCGCAGUAUCACUAGCUAUGGCUCUGGUGGGAGGAGCUAUUGUAGGUGGCAUUUUGAAACUGCCCUUCUUUGGUGACCCUACAGAUGAAAACUGCUUUGAAGAUAAUGUCUACUGGGAAGUCCCUGGCGACGAAGAGAGCAGCCUUUACUGCAUGCAUGACUCCAAUGCUAAGCCUGUGAUUAACCCUUAACCCGUGACAUCAAUAGAUGAAGGGGUGACCAACCUCUGCAUUUGGAAUUCCUUUUUUUUUUUUACAGCAGAAUCAUGGAAACUGAAGAAGGCAAAAAUAUUAUCACUCAAAUGAAGAUAUUUUUUUUAAACAUGAACUCUGGCAAAAAUUAUGCAAACCAAUAAUAAGCAAGUUGAGAAUCCCCAGACUGAGAAGCAUAUUGCUAAGAACCAAAAGAAGUUUUGAAAAAAAAAUGCCCUAGAAAUAAUAAGCAUUAACAUUUUAGAGCUUAUUGAUAAAUAAAAAAUGAGCCGGGGCAUUCCCCCUAGAGUUCUUCAAAUGAAAUCGCUGAAGUUUUAGCAAACGCAUAAAACUUUCCCUAAAAUUGGCUGUUUUUUUUAAAGGCUUGGACAUUAGUUUUCAAAUAAUAAUAAUAAUAAUAAUAAUAAUAAUAAUAAUAAUAAGGAAGGAAGGAAGGCAAAGGAAGGUUCUUUUAAAAAGAAGCUAAAAUUUACAGCUCCCAUUCUAGGUAAAUUUAUGGAAAGCAUUAUGAAAGACAAAAUGGCAAGCCAUGUAGAAGAAUGAAUAUGGCUUCUGUGCAGGAAAGUGUCACCUCCCCAAUUUUUUAAGAAUUUUUUAAAGUGUUCAACCUGACCUGGAUGCUUUAGCCAACAUCUUCCUCAGUCAACCUACCAACCUACCAAUCAAGGGAUAAGACCGUUCCUUUUAUAGAUGUAGCAAGACUGAGAAAGAAAGAAUGAAUAUAAUGCGAGUUUGGCAAAAGAGGGAUGCCAGAAAUAAGGUCAUCCCCAAGAUCUGUGGGGAAAUUGUGCCCUUUUAAUAAAGUAGUUCCAAAAUGAUCUAGUGAUGAGCAGCAUAGAGCAUCAAAGUGGUUGAAUUUACAGAUGAUUCCAGAUUGUUCUGGAAUAAUCUGAGGAAAAGUGUCAACCGGCCCUCGAAGGGUUCCCAAGUGAGAUAGAUGGAAGAGUUUUGUUACAGAUCUUGGGGUGGCUGUCCACAGUCUGAUGAACAUCUUGACCCACUCAAUGGGACACCAAGCUUCAUCAAAUCAAUUAAAGGCCUUGAGGCGGCAACACAUGACUCUGAUUUCCUCAAUCUGUAAAUGUUGUAAGUAAAGACAUUUUUACAAAAAGCGA